UCACUUCUUGCCGGCCAUGUCCACACUCAUCCGCAGGAUCUUGAUGCACCUGUUGGCACACACAAAUGGAUGGAGUGGGAUGGGACAUAUGCACACACGCAUAUUCCAACCAUCCGUGAGUGUAUUGUGUGCGUGUGUCGUGUCGCUUACGUAUAGAACUUAUCUCUCUCGUAUGCCUCUUCGAAGUGGAAAAUGAGAGGCUUGCCGUCCUGGUCGGCACACAGGACACGAGACAGAAAAUGUGUUGGCGCGUGUGCAUGUGUGUGAGUGGACAUGGCCAACUUGCCCACCUUAAUGUCGAUGCCGACAGAGUUGAGUGUGACGUCUGACGGGAGCGACGGCAGCCUGUCAGAAACGUCCUGCGCCUUGUAGAUCAGCAUGAUCUGUCAUAGGCCAUCCAUCCAUCCAUCGAUCCCAUGGAUGGGAUGCCUGGUUGGUUACUUACGUCGUUCAUGCUGAAUGAGGGGCCCUCCUCCUGGUCGGCACUUGUCACGAUGGCCGGAGAGGGAGCCAACGUGAAAUUCUGGCAGGCAGGCACGCAUAGCAUACACACACGCACACACACACACACACACAGGCCAAAGGACGGAUGAGCAUGGCUAUGCUAUGCGUGUGUGCAUGUGUCGUCUGUCUGUCUGUCUGUGUGUCUGUCUGUCUGUCUGUCUGCACACAGGAAGCACAGUCAUUACGCAAGUAGGUCCGUCCGUCCGUACCAUGAGGUAUCGAUCCAUUGAGAAGAGUUUGUCGCAUUUGCUGCCGUCUGCGAUGUCGAUGACACUCACAGGCAUACCUGUAAGUAAAGUCAAGGGCCCGGCCACAAAUGAAUGAUUUUGUCAGUCAGUCAGUGAGUUUUCGUUAGGUAGAGGUAGGUAUAUCCCUACCCGUGACGACCUCCUUGGCGAAGUCCUUGACCAGUAUCUGCAGUCUGGUCUUCUCCCUGGCCUUCUCCUCCGCCGUCAUGCUCCGCCCGUCAGGCGUGUUGGCUGUCACAGCCGCACCACCAUUGCGAAGCGGAUCUGCACACACACAUACACACACACAGACACAUUCACAGACAGGCAAAAGGAGUCGUCAACACGCCAGUCCAGAUGCAUGGGAGGGAAAACACGCGUGUGUGUCUGUAUCUACUAUCUAUCUGUGCGCAUCGCAUCGCAUCGCAUCGGACCUUCCGUGUGUGGGCGUGAAGAGAUCCGUGUGUCUUCUGUGUGUUGAUGCGCACAGCACGUGGGGUGGGCAGACAUGGAGUAAUAAACGGACGGCCACACUCCACCCAUUCCAUCAUAUCAUACAUAUUGUUAGUGUGCCCCCCCCCCCACGUACCUUCGUAUUUGCUCUUGCCGAGCCCCGAGCCGUCCCGGAUGCCCAUCGAUGGCACACUCUACAGAGACAUACAGCCAUCCAUCCAUCCAUCCACAAGCCAACCGACGGACGGCCACACACACACAGAUAAACACAGAACAAACAAGCCAAGCAGCGUAAACACAAAUGUGCGUGAGUCUUCUCUUUGUCCAUCCGUCCUGAAUGAAUGACACCCACCUGUCUGUCGCAGUUUUCAGGCAGAUGAGCCCCCAUCAACCCGAUAGACGCUGAGGAAGGACGGACACGCACCAACACAACACACGGACAUAUCGAGUCGCACCACGUGCGUGUGUCCCUCCCUCCCUACCUGUCUUGUUCUCGAUCGACAGCUCCCCAGUAGUGGGGGUCUCGGGGCAGCAACACCACAACCUGAACACACACAAAGUGCCACCUUUCUGCCGACCUCAUGGCUUUUCUUUUUUCGAAACCAGUUCAUGUUGAGCAUCUUGGGCAAAAGCACCUGUCUGUCUACCUGCACAUGCAGACAGCGCAGAGCAGAUACACGAACGAAUCCGUUGGUGUGCUGCGCUCAGUCGGCCGCCCCACCCACUCACUGACUGACGUGCUGCACACAGAGGCACAGGCGGACAGAUGAGUGAGGGGUUCAAUCAAUCAGUCGGUUAGCUGAGCUGCUUGAAAGACAGGCCGGCAGCUGCGCUGACUGACUGACAUACACAGCAAUCGACCUCAGCUCGCUGCCUGGGUCGACUGGUGCACCUGACAGGCACACGUGAGUUUGGUGACUGGCUGCACAGGCAAACACGUGCCUGUGUGACUGACUCGUUACCUGCCUGCACAGACAGACGCCGAGGUGCGAUCUGAGUCUCUGCUGCACAGACCAGACGCGAGGUAAGAGAGCGUAUUGACGGACCGACCUGCACAAGCAAGCACACCACACUCACGCAGAUGUGUGCCCCGCCGUUUGCGCACUGCUCUGCUCUGUGCCUGCCCGUGCAAGCACCAGCCACUCACCUCAAACUUCUCUCUUCCCUCCCAACGCCCAGAUCCCGUCGAUUAUUACACACCACUACAACACAACUAGAAAGGGAUACAACGCGUGGCAGAGGCCACACACACAGCACGCGCGCAACAAAAGCGGGAAUCUUCCCUCCUGCUAAGCUCGCAAUUUGGGCUAGAGCCCCGCAGCUUUGCAGCGGAGAAGAAGCAGCCUGUUAGCACUGAAGAAUCUCUCAGCUGCACUCAU